AAAACUCAUUGGCUAAUCGAAGUCACGGUGACUUCUACUAGGUCAGCUCUCCGGCUUCUCCCCUGCUGUAAUAGGUAAAGAUGAGAAGGCCGCCAUCCAGUCUAUCAAAAAGAGAGGGUGGCUAGAUUAAAGGUGAGGAAAAAAGAGGGCAGAUUCAUGGAAUCCAACGGAAGAGAGCCCAGUAUCACAGAGGGAGGGGGGAAAAAAGAAGAGUAAAAGAAAUGAGGGGAAGAAAAAAAAAAGAAAGAAAAGAAACGUGUGAAGUCAUGGUGAUUUGUGUCAGGUCAACUCUCUCCCUUCCCCCAUUCUAUAAUGAUUAAAGAUGAGAAGGCAAGGGUGGGAAAUAGAAAGGCCUGAUUAAAGGUGAGGAAAAAGGAGGGCAGAUUCAUGGAGUCCAGAAGAAGAGAGUCCACUAUCAGACGAACUAUAGGAGGAGAGAAAGGAAUGACCAAUAUUGGUGAACUGGUGCUCAUGUGCCAGCCCCUAGUGAUGCUGUUCACGACCGCUGCAGAGGAGCUGCCGGCCUGCCAACGGGUGUGCGGUGACGUUGAGAUCCCCUACCCUUUCGGCAUCGGCCCCCCUCACUGUUCAAGGGAAGGCUUCAAUCUCACAUGCAACAAGACCGAGGAUGGCCGCGGCUACAAGCCUUUUGUCUUCAACGUCGAGGUCAUCAACAUCUCACUGCCCUUAGGCCAAGCUCGCAUAUACAAUGCCAUAUCCUGGCAAUGCAACUACAAAAAUUUGAGCUAUUUCGACUGGCAUCUGAACUUCAUAAACACGCCGUACAGGUUGUCCAACACAAGAAACAAGUUCACUGCCAUCGGCUGCCAGACCCUGGCCUACAUUGGAGAUCCUACAAACGUAAACAACCGGUACCAGAGCGGGUGCGUGUCGAUGUGUCAAAACAAUAAGAGCCUAACCGACGGUUCAUGCUCUGGCAUGGGCUGCUGCCAGACUUCCAUCCCCGCGGGCCUCAGCUACUAUAACGUCUCGUUCGAUGACAAUUUCGACAACUCCGGCGUCCAGAGUUUCAAUCCUUGCAGCUUCGCGGUUCUGCUCGAGGAGGACCAGUUCGAGUUCCAGUCGACCUACGUCACUACGCUUGAUUUCUACUAUAAGAACCGAUGGCCGGAGGGGAAAGCACCCGUGGUGCUGGACUGGCGCAUAGGAGACGAGACAUGCGAGGAAGCCCAACGCAACAAGAAGGCCUAUGCUUGUAUCAGUAAUCAUAGCCAUUGUGUUGCAUCCCCCAAUGGCCCUGGGUAUCUCUGCAACUGCUCAAGCGGUUACCGGGGAAAUCCCUAUGUUCUCGGAGCCGAUGGAUGCCAAGACAUUAACGAGUGCGAUGAUCCGAGGACAUGCUCCGAGUCUGCCACGUGCACGAACACGCCAGGGAAUUUUUCCUGUUCAUGCCCACCAGGCACACACGGCAACCCUCAAAAUGGUGGAACUUGCUACCCAAACAACAAACUUUCCCUGACAGUGAAGCUUGUAAUAGUCAAUCAGUUAUUUUGGUUUCUUGCCAGAAGAAUGCUUAUGAGGGUUAAAAAGAGAUAUUUUCAGCAAAAUGGAGGUUGGCAAUUGCUUCAUGAGAUCAGGUCAAACCAAGGCCUUGCGUUUAAGAUUUUUACAAAAGAAGAAUUAGAACAGGCAACAAACAAGUUUGACAAAAGCAGUGUCCUAGGGCAUGGAGGCUAUGGAACUGUUUAUAAAGGAAUUUUGACAGAUAACCGUACGGUUGCCAUAAAAAAAUCAAAGAUGAUUGACGAGAGGCUGAAGAAGGAAUUUGGAAAGGAGAUGAUUAUUCUUUCCCAGAUCAACCACAAGAAUGUGGUUAAGCUCCUGGGAUGUUGCUUGGAGGUCGAAGUCCCCAUGUUAGUUUAUGAAUUCGUCUCCAAUGGGACUCUAUUCCAGUUAAUCCACGAAAAGAGCCACAGAGUCCCCAUUUCCUUGGAUCUGCAUCUAAAGGUUGCUUCAGAGUCGGCAGGGGCACUUGCAUAUUUACAUUCAUCAGCUUCCCCUCCAAUCAUUCAUGGAGAUGUGAAGCCUUCCAACAUACUUUUAGAUGACAAUUACACAGCAAAGGUGUCUGAUUUUGGAGCUUCAAUGCUAGUUCCAAUGGAUGAAACUCAAUGUGCUACGUUAGUUCAAGGUACUUGCGGUUACUUAGACCCCGAGGUCCUACAGACAUACCAUCUAACAGAUAAAAGCGAUGUUUACAGCUUUGGUGUUGUGCUUCUAGAGCUCCUUACUGGCAAGAAGGCACUUUAUUUUGAAGGAUCUGAAGAUGAGAAAAGCCUAGCAUCAACUUUCAUAUCUGCCAUGAAGGAGAAUCAACUUCUACAGCUUCUGGACAGUCAAAUUAAGAAUGAAGAGGACAUGGAUGUGAUUCAAGAAGUUGCUGAGCUUGCAAACCAAUGCUUGAAUUUUAGGGGACAAGAAAGGCCUUCAAUGGAUGAAGUGGCAGAAAAGCUAGAUAGGUUAAGAAAAUUCAAACUGCAUCCAUGGGUACAGCAUCCUGAAGAGAUUGAGAGAUUGCUUGAGGAAUCAUUAAACUAUCAUGAAACAGAUACCACCAGGCAUUAUAGUUUAGAGAAGAAAGCUGCACUGGAUAUAGAAUCUGGAAGGUGAUGUUACUGUGUCCUAAAAAUUUAAGGCUCCACCAGUAGACUUAUAUAUUAAAGAUUUUGGAGAAUCCUUUUGCAGGAAUAAAUGAUAGCAUGUACUUAUGAGAGGGAGAGGGUGAGAGAAAUAGGCUCCUUCGCUGCAAUUAACCAUCAUAAUCCAUGUAAUCAUGCCAAACCUUCUCCUGCUAUGGCAUGCGUACCUAUGUGAUGCACUUGUAAUAGUUCAGUGUUUUAAACGUGGCUAGUGGUCAUUGUACCUUUUUUAUGUUAUUUUUCAUUUUAAAAAGGCUCAUAGAAGAGGUAAAUGUAGAUAAAAUUAUUA